GACUGGGAGUUCCCACAUUUUAUGGGUGAUGUUGAAGUGAAUCUUCCAGGCUUGCCAUCUGCACACAUGCAGUUCAAAGUACCUUAUUUCCAAAAGAUCUUCAAAGAGGAAUAUCACAUACAUAUAACAGGUAAAUGGUUUAACUAUGGAAUUAUCUUCCUUGUUUUAAUCUUGGAUCUGAAUAUGUGGAAGAACCAAAUAUUUUACAAACCUCAUGAAUAUGGUCAAUAUAUUGGUCCUGGACAGAAGAUCUACACAGUGAAGGACUCAGAAAGCUUGAAAGACCUUAACAGAACUAAGCUGUCUUGGGAAUGGAGAUCCAAUAACACUAACCCAUUGACCAACCAGACCUAUGCUGAAGGAGACAUGUUCUUGCACAGCAGAUUCACAGGCUCUAGCCUUGAUGUCAAAUGCCUGGCUUUUAUUCCAAGUUUACUGGCUUUUGCUUUGUUUGGUUUCUUCAUCUGGUUCUUUGGGAGAUUUCAGAAAACUGACCAAGGCAUGGAGAAUUUAGAUAAAUCCUACACAAGAAUGAAACGAAAGUCACCAUCGGAUAUGGGAAUGACACGAGAAAAUACGCAGGUGUUAGUAGAAGAACCAUUAAGUUUUCAAGAACCACAUCUCGUAUCCAUAAAAUCAGACUUAAGUGAAAUAGUUUUUAAUUCUUCUCUCCUAACUUCUGAAAACUUGAACGCACAGCUGAAUGAACAAGAUAGCCCUUUACAGCCAGUACCAGAGUCCUCUGUCCCUAAGAGUAAUCCUGUGACAUAG